GGGAUGUAUUUAAAGGCGUUAUCCUUCUCAUUCUGACCAUCAGCCGCUUUGCCUUCACUCUCAACACCUGACCAGUAGACCAGCACUCCUUCACUCAGGUAAGAAACAAAGACCAGCCUAAAGUUUGCAAGGAGAGGAGGACUUUCAACACUGAAAACAGUUUCUGUAAAAUUGUUAAUCUCUAUAUCUACUUUUUAACCUACUAACUCUACUUUUUGGGGUGCAGCAAAUGAGUAGUGUUUUCUGAAAAUGGACUGCUCUUUUCAAGCUCAGUGUGAGUCAGGGCAGUGAAAGUUUGUUUAUUUAAAAGGUGUAGUAAGUAGCAGAACCAGUCUUAUGAAUACUUGUGGCACAUAUUCAGGAAAAUGUAAAGCAUGCUGGCCAUGAGGAGAAACUGGUGAACAUUGUGACUGACAACUACAAAGGCUUCACAGUUCAGAGGUGAUAUAGGUCCAGGAAAGUCAAGCACUUACACCUUUCUCUAGUGUUUCUGCCAUCCUACAUCGGUAAAGUAAAAGCAUAUCAGGUUGCCUCCAUGUGUCCCUGUUACAUCUCCACUGGUUUGGCUUUUUUUUUUUUUUUUUUACCAGCUUAGAGUUUCACUCUUAUCAGCUGGCUCACAUGUCCGGCUGCUGACGAUGUCCUAUGUCAUCCCAGAGGUCCCUUCAUUGAGGCAAAGCCACAGACAGAUGGAUGAGUUUAUCAGUACAAAAAUCUUAUCAGGACCCCUGACAGGAAGGAAACACUCCGUAUGAGGCAACAGACCAAAUUUGAUUCAGGGCAGGAUUUCAAACUCUGCCAAAUACCGCUCCCCUCUCUUGGUAGAUAUGCUUCAACAGUUCAUUAUUUAGUGAUGUCAGCGAUGGAACUGUAACCUAUGAUUCAACUUUUUAUGUAUUCAUUACUGCGUGUCCAAAUCCGUCUAAUUAUCUAAAACCUGUCUGGCACUCUGUCUAUGAGAAAUACAAGAGGCAGAGCAGGCGUGCAUGAGUUUGAGCUGAAAGUGACAGGGGGAAGCAUUAACUUGUAUUGAUUUACAGAGGAUGUGUCCUCCAUGCUUGAAAGAGCAGAUAUUGCAGAAAUUAGUACUGACAUGGACUAUUUUUGUGAACUUUUCCCUCCUACAUCCCAUCAUCUUCUAUCUUUCUCCAGAAUGUCUUUGCCCAACUCAGAGAAUGCCUCCACCCUGGAGAGUGCCAUGCAACUCAUGAUCCAGACCUUCCAUAAGUACUCUGGAAAUGAGGGCGACAAAUAUACACUGAGCAGGGCUGAGCUCAAAGAGAUGCUUACUGCAGAGCUUGGCAACUACCUGGGGAAUGCUCAGGAUAAGGAGGCUGUGGAUAAGGUAAUGGGAGACCUGGACUCCAACAACGAUGGGGAGGUAGACUUCACUGAGUUCAUCAUACUGGUCGGAGCUCUUACCGUGGCCUGCAACGACUUCUUCCUGGAAUACAACGAUAAGCAAGAGAAGAAGUGAACACACCCUCAGCUUGAAGAUGUAUAUUCUGCAACCCAUACACUCCAGGGAGUAACAGUUAAGGCAGGAGAGAAGUCCUGUGUAGACUAUCCUGUCAUGGACUUCACAAACACACACACAAACACAAACAUGUCUAAUGUUGAGUAGUAAAUGUUUGUUUGAGUGUUUGUGUAUUUUUCUGCAAAUCCCAAUCACUCCUGUAUUCAAGUAAAAAUCUGGAGAGUUUCAACAGCUGUUAUUGUCGGAUCUGUGAAAACCUCCCAUUCUGGUUCUUUUCAUGUAUUUUGUAACAAAUUCCCUCAAAUACAGUUCCCCCUGGAAAGAAUAAAUGUGAACU